CAACUCGAUGAGGCUUUAUACGAAGCUACCGACAAUAAACAUCUGGAGACCGUUAAGCUUCUUUUGGAGUUCGGUGCGGACCCAAACGUCGAGGGUCCUAUUUACGGGUUCGCAUUAGCAGCUAGCGCGUACGAUGGCACGAUGGAGAUCAUGAAAGCCCUGCUAGACAAAGGAGCUGAUGUCAAUAAACGUGGAGGGGACUAUGGUACAGCUCUUCAGGCGGCUGCAUGGUUCGGCGAUGCCGACAACGUGAAGUUAUUACUGGAUCGUGGAGCCAAAACCAACACUGCACCCAUUGGUUACUACGGCCAUGAACUACAAGCUGCCGUGCAUACGGGUAAUGAAGCCACCAUU